AUGAAUAAGGCUUCUGGAGAUGAAGGGGAGAAAAAGUUCCCGUUUGAUACCACGGAGAAACAUAUAGCUGUCUACCAUGAACAGGGUUCUUCUUCUGUGUUUGUGGGAGCAGAAAACAAGCUUUACUAUUACAACUUUGAGAACUCCUCCAGACUGGUGGAGCAUUUUGGUGUAAAUAGAAACAAGUCCAUGUGCGAAAAUCCCGAAGAAGUCACCAAUUAUCUCACAUUGGUCGGGAAGUACCAGGGCAAGGUGUUGAUUUGUGGUACCAACGCCUGCAAGCCAACCUGUUGGAACUGGGUGGAUGAGAGGAAAGAACCAGGAAUGAGUGCCCAGAGCUUAGCUCCCUUUGGCCUCGAUAAAAAUGCCCUUGUCCUUAUUGAUGGCAAUGACAUCUAUUCUACUAUCAAGAAAUACCAAUACAACGGGCGGAUCCCUCGUUUUCGGCGGGUCCGAGGAUCUACAGAACUUUACACCAGUGACACAGUAAUGAGCAAUCCACAGUUUGUGAAGAUUGCAGCAAUAAAGCAAGAAGAGGCCUACAAUGACAAGAUCUACUACUUCUUCCGAGAGGACAACCCUGACUGGCCAAGGAAUCCUUUGGCCCCAAAAAAGAUCUCCAGGGUGGCUCAACUGUGCAAGGGAGACAAAGGGGGCAGUGGUUCCUUCUCUGCAGCCAAGUGGACAACCCUCCUGAAGGCCACAUUGCUCUGUGUGGACUCUGCUACUAACCGACACUUUGACUGGCUUCAAGAUGUCUUUAUUGUUGAGUCGGACCAGUGGUCUCAGACCAAGAUCUACGGGCUCUUCUCAAAUGAGUGGGGUUACUCAGCAGUCUGUGGCUACUCUGUUGGUAACAUCAGUGAACACUUCCGAACAUCUCCCCUGAAAAACUACAGUGGAAAAAUCCCAGCUGUGAGGCCAGGACAGUGUCUAAAAGGAGAUCAACAGACUCCACCCGAGACUUUCAAAGUGGCAGAUGGCUAUCCAGAGGUGGCCGUCCAAAUGAAUGGGAAAAUCAUAUUCUACAGCAAACAUCGCUAUCAUCAACUUGGAGUCCACCAGGUUCAGGCAGCAAAUUUCACCUACAAUGUUCUGUAUUUAGCCACAGACAAAGGAAGCAUCCAUAAAGUGGUUGUCUUACCACAAGGAGCCAUGAAUAUCCUGGAAAUCCAGCCUUUCAAGUCCCACAUGGUCAUCCUCUCCAUGAUUUUAGACCAUUCAAAGAAUGAAUUAUUUGUGGCCUCAACAAAUGAGGUGGUGCAACUCCCCAUGGCCACUUGUGGGGCAUAUAAGAACAACUGUGAGAGCUGUGUGCUGUCCAGAGAUCCCUAUUGUGGAUGGAUCAAUGGGAAAUGUACUUCUAUUUAUGAGCACGAGAAUGGAGCCUUAUUGCAGUCUCUAAGCCAUGAUGUCCCUCAAGACAUUUGUGCUUCUUCAGACUACAGGCCCUCCAAAGGAGACAGCAGCAGUGAGUACUUGAAGAAUGUCACAGUGACCCCACAGUCCCGCCAUUUCCUGAAUUGCUCUGAAGAAUCUCACUACGCCAAUUACACGUGGUACCACAAUGGCUGGCCAGUUGCACAUUGCAGCUCUGGGCACCAUCACUGCCUACACUUCAUUGACAAUAUGACAGAUGAGCUCUACGGCACCUAUUCCUGCACUUCUCAGGAGGACUGGUUUAAUCAGACAGUCCUGACUGAAUGCCUGCUGAAGCCCUCUGAGGCCAUGAGGUUCAGGUUUGCAGCAUCAGUGGGACGGACCUCCAUUCCAUCUUUAUCAUUCUGGCUGGGGUUACUGCAUAUGAUAGCAGUAGUCUUGAUCAUCCAAUAAAGCCUGAUCUUUUGUGGACCAGCAGCAGGAAUGUUCACAUCAUGCCCUGACUUAUUGUAUGUUCAGGAGCAUCCCUGCUGAAGACAUCUCAAAAUUCAGACUUUUGUAGAGUUGAACUUUCCUGAGAAUCAAAGACCAUUGCAGGGUGUCUUCAAAGCAACAUCUCCUUGAUCUUUCUUGACAGCAGGAUGGAGGCAAAGAAGAAGAGAUUCUGGAGAAGGAAAAUAACUGAUACCAUCAAUAUAUCAGGCAGGG